AAUUCUGCACUGACAACGCUUCCAAUUGUGCUUUCGUUCUCCCUGGCCACAUCGGAACUGCAAAAAUGGCACUCACCAAAUACUAUGAAAUCAUAAAUCAAACAUCGGAUGGCCUCUUGAAAAAUGCGUUGCAUCACUGAGAACCUGUGUCGGUGUCGUCGAUCUGAAAUAAGAUGGAUGGGCCAUAUCACUGAAAUAAGCUCACCUUUAGAACUGUGGAUGGGCGAUGGAUUGCACGAGAACCUCGCUGGCUGCAUAAACGGCGAAGACACCGCGCUAGGGGAGCUUCAGAUAUCACGACCACCAAAGUAUACAUACCCCGUUGCACAGUCGUAAAAUACCGUCUCGGAACAGUCUGAGGAGUCAACUCACCUUCAUCCAGAUCAUAGCGGAUGUCAUCUACACAUGUCUCGGCAAAGAUAAUGAGUGAAAUUGUGUUUGCCUAUAAUCAUGAGCCCGGAAUCUACGUUAUCACCUUUUGGUGUGAUGGUCAGACGGACGGCAGUUCGGACUCUCUUCUACGUUGAAAAUAACAUUCACUAUGACGAACGACGAUAAAAUGAAAGCAGAAACAUUGAAAGCGAC